AUUUAUGGUUUAUCCACUGCAGAUUACACCAAACACUUUUUAUGGCUAAAUGCCCAUUCUUUUUCAUAAACCCGCUCCCUGCCAUCUCCCGCGGAUAAUCGUCAAUUCUGCGUCUCCUUCCCUUCCGAAUUUCUUCAAAUUUGCAGCGGUUUCACAUCGCCAUAAGCGCUCAUUACCUUCGUUCUCUACAGUAUCGUCUUUUUCUUCCAUGGACAGUCCGCCUGAGGGUUACCGUAGAAACGUUGGCAUUUGUCUCAUGAGCCCUUCUGUCAAAAAGAUUUUUGCUGCCUCCAGGCUUGACAUGCCAAAUGCUUGGCAAAUGCCUCAGGUGGUUCUUGUCCAAACAAAGCUUGGUAAGGGGUAUUCUUUAGAGAAAUAUGAUAAUUUGUAUUGUACCAAAACUCAGCCCAAGGGAGGUGUAGAUGAGAAUGAAGAUCCAAGAGAUGCUGCCAUCCGAGAACUAAGAGAAGAAACCGGAGUCACUUCUGCAGAAAUCAUUGCUGAGGUACCACACUGGUUAACAUAUGAUUUCCCACUCCAUGUUAGAGAAAAACUCAACCAGCGAUGGGGUUCUGACUGGAAAGGUCAAGCACAGAAGUGGUUCCUCCUUAAGUUUACUGGAAAUGACGAGGAAGUCAAUCUUCUUGGUGAUGGGACUGAGAAGGCUGAAUUUGGAGAGUGGUCUUGGAUGUCACCCGAACAAGUUGUGGAUCAUGCCGUGGAUUUCAAGAAGCCGGUUUACAAAGAAGUUAUUUCAGUUUUUGCUCCAUUUCUUCAGUAGCUCCGGGGCUGUGUCAGUCAGUUCUACAUCCUCUCCAUAGUGGACCAUGGCAUGCAAUCGGAGCAUUCCAUGGGCAAGAUGGAGAGCCAAAUAAAGUCCCAAGAACAGCUUUUCCAAGUCUGUAUCUUACUCUCUUGAUGAACCGUAUAUGGCUGGUAAGUUAUAGAGAUAUGAAUGAGGACCUGCCCAUCAUUUGUGAUAUGAACUUUAUGCCAUCAACCCCAUUAGAACAUUAUUGCAAUAUUGUUAUAGAAAAUGCUGCCCUGUAUGGCCGCAGUAAUUGGCUUUCUAUUAUUUACAAUCUCUAUUUUUGAAUUAUGCUCAUAGGUUUCAUCCAUGGACUAUGAUAUACGAUUAUGCAAUAUGCCAAUUUUCAAUGUUCACGAAUCCCCUAAAUCCCUAAUUAGUGUUUAAGACUUUUGUACCCUCUUUUCUUUCAUCUACAUUUUAGAUAUACUG